UUUUUUUUUUUCUUUUGAACUCUACUUUCUAUCCUUAUUAUCUAUUUUAUUUCCUAUUUCUGUGACAUAUUAUUUUUGAAUUCGGUUCAUUUAUUAUUGAAUAAAGUGUAAUCAGUUGUCUCUCUUCCUUUACUCCUUCACUACGCUCAUUUACUUACUUUAUAUAUGGAAGAGGACUUGCGCAAUAAUUGUCAAUUUAUACCAGCUCUAUGGAGGCAACGACGUGAAUUUAUUUUGGAUACAUUAAAGAAACAUAAAGCUCAAAAGAUUCUUGAUUAUGGUUGUGGAGAAGGUUCAGUUCUAUCUUUCUUGAUACCCCCUUCAGCAUAUGAUGACAUACAUUUUACUCACUUGAUCGGUCUGGAUAUUGAUCGCAACUUGCUUGAACAAGAAACCAUUGCAGCAUGUCAACCAUGGCCCUCGGAUUAUGAAUAUUUACGUGAAACUCCAUUGACAGUCGACAUAUAUCAUGGGUCAGUGGAUCAGUUGGACUCAAGAUUAAUAGGAACUUGUGAUGCUAUUAUCUGUAGUGAAGUCAUUGAACAUCUUUAUCCGAGUUGCUUAGAUGCUUGUCUACCUUUGAUGCUUGGUUCCUAUGCUCCUCCUCUUGUGAUUGUGACAACCCCCAAUGCAGAGUACAACGUCUUCUUUCCCAAUCUCAACUAUGGUACAACUAAUUCUACUUUUCGUCAUGAUGAUCACAAAUUUGAAUGGACAAGACAACAGUUCCAAGAAUGGUGUAUAAAAGGGGCAAAGCAAUACGGUUAUAAAGUUGAAUUCCAUGGAAUCGGACUAUUGGAUGGCAAACUGGAUAUGUUGGAUUAUGGACAUUGUACGCAAGCAUGUGUCUUUACAAAACAACAAGGCUCAUCAUCAACUACAGCAUUACAUCAAUCUUCAAUAGGUACAAUGCAUACAACAGACACACCACAUACAUUAUUGAAACGAUUUGAAUUUCCCUACUACAAUAUACCUUCUUUACCCGACAAAGAAAUAUUAGUACAUAUUGAAUCUUAUAUAUCCGAUUAUUGUCAAGCAGCAACAACGCAAAUACAGCAAGCAGUUGAGAAAGAAAAGGAUGUAUGCUUUGAACAAGAAGAUGAUGUAUGGUCGACCGACAAUUAUUCCUUUGAUACCCAAGACAAUAACAAUGAAGAUAGUACGAACAAUACAGCUGGACUGACAUGGUGUACUGAAUAUACUUACGAAGAUCAUCAUACCAAUGACGACAAUGACGAUACACAGGAUCAGUGGACGCUCUCCCCUGUCACAAUCAGCAUGAAUACGCUUUGGUCAACAUUACAUAUUCGGCAACUAUGUAAGACAAGGCAACGAUUUUUGGAUGUCCUACAACUUGAUCAAGAAAACUAUCGAAUCAUGGGAGAACAGUUGGUGGUACACAAAUCUUUUAGGAUCAAAAAUAAUGCUGGAUAUGGAUUAGACUCAAACGGAUGAUGAUACUUAGUUAGGUCUGUGUAUUAUAUAUUAUAGUGUUUUUUUUUUUUUGUUUUUUUUUUUU